AUGUUCGCUUCACUAGGCCCUCGGGGUCCUCCCGUCGCUCAGGCCAUCCCAGAGCCGGACCUUAGCCACUUAACUGAGGAGGAGAGGAAGAUCAUCAUGGCUGUACUAGCUCGGCAACGGGAGGAAGACGCAAAGGAGGAGGCCAUGCUAAAGGAGGAGAAGCCUAUCCAAGCAAGAACAGUAAACUUGGUUGGGCAGAAAAAACCGCCGCAGCAAAACGAUGUCCGGGGCAUCCAGCAACAGCUUUCCAGCUACAGGGAGACGGUGAUCAGGCAGGCCACAGCUGCAGCAGGCUCAGCAGUUCACCGAGACGAUGCCCCAACUUGCGGCAUCUGCCAGAAGACAAAGUUUGCAGAUGGUUGUGGGAACUUGUGCUCGUACUGCCAGACCAAGUUCUGUGCCCGCUGUGGAGGGAGGGUGUCGCUUCGAUCCAAUACGGAGGACAAAGUGGUCAUCUGGGUUUGUAAUAACUGCCGAAAACAACAGGAGAUACUGACCAAGCCAGGUGAAUGGUUCACUGGUCCAUCAGGAAAACCCACUGGUCUCGGUUCAGCAAUCAGUGAGCCAUCUGUGUGCCAAACCACUGGUGAGAAGAAGCUCCGAUCCCAAUCCCAAGCCCCUCCUGGUUCCACAACAUCUCUAGACCCCAAACAAGCAAUUGCACCUGGGAGUACAGCUGGAGCAGACAUCCGAUCACGAAGCGAACCGCCGAGAGACACGAGAAAUGGAAGAGGUAGUGGAGCAGAGCGGAGGUCAGGUAAUCCUAUGUUGCAAACCCAGGUUUCCAUGGAUCGAGACCUCCGAGGUGAAUCCAGGGAGCACAGGGAAAGCCGGCGGCUCACAAAAGGACGUUCUUUGGAUAUUGAUCCAGUGGGAGGUAAUGGUGAGCUGAAACGGACACAAGAGGGGGGCCCUCAACACAUGGGCCAAAGUAGUGGCCCUCUUCGUCAAACAGGGAAAGUCCCUCCUGGAGGCCGAGGCCAUCCUGUUCCAGUACAAGGCUGUCCAACAGGGAUUAUUUGCGAUGGUGUAGUAUGUGGACAAAGAACUGCCGGUGGACUGUGCGAGCACACACUCGUGCAACAAGACCGCCCCUCUCAACUCAGAGAACUUCAGAGUUCAGGACCUGGAUCAGUUCCUGGACAGGGGCCUGUAGUAAGACGAACCAAAAGGAACAAGGCUGACAGCAUGCUACGCAAUGACUCACUCAGCUCAGAUCAAUCGGAAUCUUUGCGUCCUCCACCACCUAGACCCUACAAAACGAAGCGAGGGUUGGGGGCUGGAGGCAAGAGGCAGACCAGUGUCAGCAGCUCAGAGGAAGAGGGUGGUACUACACCUGAAUACAGCAGUUGUGAAGAUGCUGAGAUCGAAAGUGUUAGCGAGAGAGGUGACUGGGAGUGCUACCCUCAUGACCCAACAGUGUGGCAUCAUCCUGUAACCUGGCAACCAUCCAAGGAGGGUGACCAUCUGAUAGGCAGAAUCACCCUCAGUAAGAGGAGCACAACCAUGCCUAAAGAAGCUGGGGCUCUGCUGGGAUUAAAGGUGGUUGGCGGUAGAAUAACAGAGUCAGGGAGAUUAGGUGCCUUCAUCACCAAGGUCAAAAAAGGCAGCUUGGCUGAUGUGGUUGGACAUUUAAGAGCAGGGGAUGAAGUUUUGCAGUGGAAUGGGAAACUAUUACCAGGAGCCACCAUGAAGGAAGUUUACAACAUCAUCCUGGAGUCUCAAGCUGAGCCCCAAGUUGAGCUAGUUGUAUCCCGGCCUAUUGGGGUGUAUAGAAAAUUUAAUGAUAUCCCAAGAAUCCCAGACACAUCCCAUCCUCCAUUAGAAUCUACAGGUUCAAGUUCCUUUGAGUCCCAGAAGAUGGAGAGACCAUCUAUAAAUCUUUUAUCUCCCACUAGUCCCAGAACGAUUCUAGACGCCCCACAGCUUAUGCCGGGAAAACUUUCGGUGAAGCUGUGGUACGACAAAGCGGGCCACCAACUAAUAGUCAAUGUGCUUCAAGCAGCAGAGCUCCCUCUUCGGCCUGAUGGCCGACCCAGAAGCCCAUACGUCAAAAUGUACUUCCUUCCCGAUCGCAGCGACAAGAGUAAACGCAGGACUAAAGCAGUGAAGAAGACCUGUGAACCUAAGUGGAACCAAACAUUCCUCUACACUCACAUCCAUCGUCGGGAUUUCCGCAACCAUAUGCUGGAACUGACCGUGUGGGACCAGCCGAGGUCACCAGAGGAGGAUAGCAUCUUUAUGGGAGAAAUCCUUAUAGAGCUGGAGACAGCCUUGCUGGAUGACAAGCCACACUGGUAUCCCCUCCAAACGCAUGACGUCUCAUCCAUACCGCUCCCCCGACCCUCACCAUAUCUGCCUCGUCGACACAUACACACAGACAACCCUGGCAGAAAGCUACAGCGUUCACAGCGUGUAACAGAGCCUGAAUUUGAGGGUACAGCAGUAGUUUCUAAAGCAGAGGGACGUGGUAGAGAGCGACAACGAGAGCCAACGUCCACUCUGGAGGUGCCUGAUCGACAGAGGACGCCCUCACAUCAAAUACGUUCCCGCUCGGUAUCCCCCCACCGUGAGGAGCAGGGAUGCAUGCGGUCCCGACCAGCAAACGUCCCUGCACAGAGGAGCCUAGACGAUGAGCUUUCACACUCUAGGCGUUCUCGUUCUCCAACCCGCUACUAUGACUCUGGUAGAGGUCACCACAAGGAUCAGGAAUACCUUGAUGACAGUGAGGUCAUCAUGAUCCACCAAUCAAUGCGAGGCAAAAGUGCUGAGUGCAUCCACUUCAGUGAUCUUCAGCCUUCUCUGGAAAGGGUUAGGAGUGCUAGCACCAACUGUCUGACUCCAGAUAAUCAUGUCCCCUCACCUGAGUUGGAAAGAAAAUCAAUGUCCCAUUCCCUGCCCCGGAGACGUCCUCCCAGCCCCAGGAUUUUUAUCCAGCAUGCUUCCCCAGAAGAUGACAGGGGCCACCACCAAGAUGGUGCACCUCUUUCCUCUUCAGUGACAUCCUCUUCAUCUCGCAAAGUCAGGCAGCUCCCACAACUUCCCCCCAAGAGCAACAGUGUAGAACAAGCCCUGGUAGCAGAGGAACGCGUUCGUCAACUCCAAAUGAGAGUUCAUUCAAACCGGAUGUCAGCUGCCAAUAACUCCAGCCAGCAGGACCUGGAUAGAGCCCUCAAGAACAAACGGGAGCUCUUCAAGGACCACAGGACGAGUAGUGAGAAUGCCUCACAUAAGUCAUCAGACAGUGAUGUCAGUGACGUAUCAGCCAUCUCUCGAACCAGCAGUGCCUCCCGGAUCAGUAGCACCAGCUACAUGUCCAUCCAGUCAGAGAGACCCAGAGGACGCUUCAGUCGAGCCAUGCGUGCGACGGGCCGCCACAUGAUGAAGAGCACCAGUGUGAGUGGCGAGAUCUAUGGCAUGGAGCAUGCAGAUGGCAGCCAAUCAGACACGGCCCUGGGGAGCUUGGGAAGUGGGAUCAAAAAGCGGCGUUCAAGCCUCAGCCAACGCGUUGUCGCCAUUCUGCCAUCGAGGCGCAGUCGGAGUACCUCGCAACUUAGCCAGACAGAGGCGGCUGGUAAGGCGGUGGACAGACAGAAAGAGACGUCGGCAGGUAAGAAGGUGUCUAAGGCUGGCAGCAGCAGUAUCCAAAGGAGUGUCGAGACUGGCAUGGCAGUGGAGUACCCAAGAGGAGGGUCAGCCAUGAACCGUCAGGCCAGUAGAGAAUCCACUGAUGGGAGCAUGAACAGCUACAGCUCUGAGGGAAAUCUUAUCUUCUCAGGAAUGAGGUUAGGUGCUGACAGCCAGUUCAGCGACUUCUUGGGUGGUUUAGGACCCGGUCAGCUAGUUGGCCGACAAACACUGGCAACACCUGCAAUGGGUGAUGUUCAAAUUGGUUUGAUGGAUAAGAAAGGACAAUUGGAGGUGGAGGUGAUCAGGGCACGAGGCCUUACCCCCAAACCAGGCUCCAAAUCCCUCCCAGCUCCCUACGUCAAGGUGUACCUGCUGGAUAAUGGAACUUGUAAAGCCAAAAAGAAAACUAAGAUUGCACGAAAGACCCUGGAGCCUCUGUACCAGCAGCAUCUGCUAUUUGACGAGAGUCCCCAGGGCAAGGUGCUUCAGGUAAUCUCCAGAUGUGGGGGGGACUAUGGACGAUUGGACCACAAAUGUUUUAUGGGUGUAGCACAGAUCUUACUGGAAGAUUUGGACCUAACGAGCACGGUGAUUGGAUGGUACAAACUCUUUCCACCAUCUUCGUUGGUAGAUCCCACUCUAGCUCCACUAACGCGACUGGCGUCUCAGACAUCAUUGGACAGCUCAGGACCACCCCCGGGCGUUCGGUCGUAG